AUGAAUGAGAACUGGAGUUAUUUGGGGGAGUUCUCUGCCUGGACUUCCUACUUCAGCCCUUAUAAGCUUUGGGCACUAUACAUUGAUGACAUAAUUAUUUUCGCUGUUUUCUUUUUUUUUUCUUCAGUUAACGGAAACAAUGACAAUGACAGCAAGAAAUUCCCAGAGAUCAAAGGUAUUGACCCGAAGCUACUAAAGGUCAUUGACGGAGUGACCUACUUUGCCUUCUCCGCCGCUGACCGCAUCAGUCUCCGGAGCAUCUUGGACAAUGUCCGGAACUUCCAGGUGAGAGAUGAUGACGUGUUCGUGGCUGGCUUCCCCCGAUCAGGCAACCAUUGGGCGUUUGAGGUUGUGAAUAUGAUUCUGCGAGGGAAACUGGAGUUUGCUGAGGUAUCUUUCCACACCAGGAUCCUGGAGUUAAUGGACAGCUGCCCGAACGAGCGGCUGAAAGAAGUGGAGUCCCCCCGACAAAUCACCAGCCACUCCAAACUGUCCGUCCUGCCCAAACAAAUCGUGGAGAAAAAGGCAAAGGUUAUUUUUUUGAUUCGUAACCCGAAGGACGCCAUGCUUUCGAUGUUCCGGCUGUACUCAGUGUUCAAGAACGAACGUUUUCGGUACACUGGGACGUGGGAGGAGUUUUUAGAACUUCAGUUUCAGGAGAGGUUCAUGCACGGAGGCUGGUUCGACCAAGUCUUGGACGUUGAGAGAUUCAUGAAAAACCACCCCGAUGUGCCCGUGUACGUGCAUUCUUUCGAGAAGAUGAAGGAAAAUCCUGUAGAAGCGACGCGAGCUCUGUGCAAGUUUUUAGGUCGGCCGGAAGAUUUGGUGGAGGAUAUUGCCAAUGUGACGCAGUUCCGGAAUAUGAAGGAGAAGCUAGACGCGGGAAAGCUGGGUAAAGUGAAAGACCAGGUUUUCCAACAAGGGAGUGAGGGAAUCCUACAGAAGGGCGCCACCGGGGGCUGGAAGAACGCGUUCACCGUGGCCCAAAGCGAGGCUUUUGAUCGUGUGUUUCAAGAGAAGAUGGCGGGAUCUGAACUGGCCAAACUCGUACUACCUUAUAUGAAAUGAGAAUAGAAGUAUGGGAGAAAAGAGACUAAAUAAUAUAUAAUCUACGUGAUAUCUAUGUGGGUGUACUGGAUGUAUUUCUAGAGAGAGAGGAGGGGGAGUAGGAGGAGAGAGAGAGAGAGAGAGAGAGA